GUGCCUGCCUCAGUGCGCAUGCGCAGCUACCGCCGCGCUCGUGCAGAGGCACCGCACACCGCCUCAUUCAUUUUCUCUCCACUCGGAAGGGGCAUCCCUGCUCUCUCGCUUGUGUUGUGAUCUUUUUUUUUGUUUGCUUCCCCUGUUUUCCGCAAACAAGCCGUGUUCAGCUCGCCAUGGCAAACAAGGAGGAGAAACCCGAAGGGAAGGAGUCGAGCUGGAAGGAUUUUAUCUACAACCCGCGGACGGGGGAGUUCCUGGGGCGCACUGCAAGCAGCUGGGCUCUCAUCUUCCUCUUCUAUGUGGUCUUUUAUGGCUUCCUUGCUGGGAUGUUCUCUCUCACCAUGUGGGUGAUGCUGCAAACACUGGAUGAUUACACUCCCAGGUACAGGGACCGAGUCGCCAACCCAGGUCUGAUGAUCAGGCCAAGUGAUCUGGACAUCAAAAUAAACCUCUCUAACCCACAGCAGUACAGCAGUUAUGUCCAGGACCUGGAGAGGUUCCUCCUGGAUUAUAAUGACAUUCUGCAGGAGCAGAAUGUACAAUGCCCAGAAGGCAAAUAUUUUUUGCAGGACAAUGAAGAAGAGAAAAAAGUUUGCCAGUUCAUGCGUAGUCAACUGCGUCAGUGUUCUGGCCUGGCUGAUACAACCUUUGGAUUUAGCGAGGGACAGCCCUGUGUGUUGAUCAAGAUGAAUCGGGUUAUAGGUCUGAUGCCCCGAGGACAGCCGUACGUCAACUGCACAGCCAAGAGAGAAACUCCUCUGCAGAUGCAGUAUUUCCCAACUGAGGGCCACAUUGACAAGAUGUACUUCCCCUACUAUGGCAAGAAAGCACAUGCUAAAUAUGUGCAGCCAUUGGUGGCCGUGAAGCUGCAGCUAAACGAGCAGGAUUAUAACAUACCCCUGACCAUCGAGUGUAAGGUGGAGGGCACCGACCUGCGCAACAACGACGAACGCGACAAGUUCCUGGGUCGAAUCACCUUCCGCGUCAAAGUGACCAAGUAGCCUGGAUUGCUCACUGGAGCUGCACGAUGUCCAUCACUCACGUCCCAGUCCCACAACCCGUUCUCCUUACACACACUUGCGUGAGGUAGCCCCUCGCUCCUCCCAUGUCACACUACCUUCCUACACCUUAAGGGAGCCUGACAUUUAUAUGUACUGUACUCUGAAGGUAGGUUCAGAACGGGGCAAUGGGCUGCUCACAUAGUAAUGUGUGUGGUAUAUAUAUAUUUAGAUUUCUAUUUAACACCUCUUCCCUUCUACCCACAAACCCAUUCACUGGAAAAAUUAAUACAAGUAAGUGCACAUUCAGCCGCCUUCAAACCAUCUCUUUAAGACACAAUGCUAGUGACAUCGUGCAGGAAGCAGGGACCUGUAAAUAGACGUGUCGGAGCAUAGAGUUAUGUCUAUUCCCUCUUAUAGUGUUGUGCAACAUGCUGUGUGUGUAUGUGUGUGAGAGGGAGAGAGAGAGAAUGUAUGUAUGUAUGUAUAUGUGUAUGCGAGUGCCAUAAUGUGAAGUAUAUAUGUACAUAUUUAAUGGAUUUUAAAGACACUUUUUUCCUGUAUCAUCACACUCACUAUGUCUGACUGCUGUAAGAAAUCAAGGUUAUGAUAUUAUAUAUGUAAUAAGAAUUGUAAUUAAGAUUUUGGAGAAAUGAAAAUGUUAUUAAGGGGGGGUUGGGUGGGACACAAAAAAGUCUAUCAACCUCGUUUUUCGAAUCCAUCCACCAUCCGAGGGAAGUGAUUUUUUAAAACCUCUGCAGAAACUGUACUUUGUGCAGAUGCCUUAAGAUCUGUAUGGAAACAACUUCAAAUAAAGGAGAUUUUAAACAUGGA